CCCCCUCCGCCCCUCUGCCCGGAGACAGGUGGUUGGCGUCCAAUGCCUCCAUCCUCCCGCUUCCGAGUCUAAGAGAUAUCUACUGGCAGCAAGGAAAGGCUCGCUAGUAGCGAGCGCGUCCCCGAUGGACUUCCAGAGUGUGACCUCCGCGAGCACCGGGCGGAGGACAGCCGGAGUGAGGGGCCGCAACCGGAACGCUCCAGGCGCACAGCCCCGCCGAUCUACUCCCAAAUGUUUUCCACGCAAUUCAACCGGCUGCCGUUCGCCGGAAAUGGCCUACCGACAGAGGAAUGACAUGCACGAAUGAAAAGUUGACACGAUUUAGGCGGGGAUCUGCGUUUGACUGGCGGCGGGAUCAUUUGUGAUUAUCCUCCGGGGUUGGAAGUUGUUCCCUAGAGUGGAGGUGGGUGUCAAAAUGGCUUCGGGCCCCGGGAAAGCUAUCCAGACUCCCGGGCCGGGCUCUGCCGUGAAUGGGAAUGCGGCAGAGUUCCAGGACGCCGAGCAGGAGCCGUGCGACUUCCAGAUGCACAACAAGAUGUGCAAGAAAAUCGCUCAGCUCACCAAGGUGAUUUAUUCCCUCAACAUGAAGAAUGAGGAACAGGAGGCGGCCCUGCAGGCCUUGAACCACGCCCAUGACAAGGAGCUGCACCGCAUCCUGAUGGAGACCUGUCAAGAAGGGGAGGGCUCGGUGCUGAGGACGCGACUCCUCCAGCUGCAGGAGUCAUUGGAUGAGCAGCAGAGGGUCGGAGCGCAAGUACGCGUGCACGUACAAGCCGACUUUGAGUUCUUCCGCAUGCAGUCGGAGGAGAGGGAGCGUGAAACUGAAGCUGAACUAAGGCGAGAUUUUGAGGAGAGGCUCCAGGCUGCAGAGGAGGAUCUCCAAGAGGCCAGAUCCCAGAUCAGCACGGCUCAGCAGGAAAACCUGCGAUUGAGCAAAGAACUGGAAGAGGCCGAGGAGAUGGUCAAAGAUCUGAGUGACAAACGUGAGCUGAGGCAAAGAGUUAGUGGGGACGAGAAGAAUGAGACAGAGGAGAAGGUUGAAGACGAGGGAGAAGAGGCAGAGCAGGAAUCGGAGAGAGUAAAAUUACUUUUGGAGGAGGUGAAUAUAAUGAAGGAAGAAAGAGAUCAAAGCGAGGAGGAGAGACGGCAAGAAAGGGAGCAAUGGGAGCAAAAGACGAAACUACUUGAAGAGGAGAAAGAAGAAAUGAGGAAGAAGAUAGAGGAGCAGCGCAGGUGGGAGGAAAAAGAGGAAGAAGAGAAGAAAGGAAUGCACAGUGCUUUAAGAGAGCGAGUGAAGAGAGCUGAAGCCGAGGUGGAGAGCCAUCUGGAAAGGCAGGCGGAGAGCAAACGGAACACAGUCAAACUUCAGGAGCGCAUACAGAACCUGGAGGAAGAGUUGGAGCUGGAUCGAAAACGAGUGUCCGAGGCUGAAGGCACGGUCAAACGGGCAGAGGAGGAGCUUGCUGUGGCCAAAGAGAGGCUACUCCUGCAAGAAGAUGAACUGCAGAGUCGAGCAGAGGAGUUGCUGAACGUAGGCUGCAAAGUGUGUGCGUGUGCUGAUGUGGAGGAUCUGAAGAGCCAGCUGAGUCGCCUACAGAGCAGGAACAGAGAGUUGGAGCUCCAGACUAGCGGCAGGAACAACGACCAUGCACGGCAGAUCCGCCAGCACGCGGAGGCCCUCUCCAGCCUUCGUUCCGAGAUGGUGAGAGCUCAGACAGAAGAGCUGCGUCGCAUUCAAAAACAUGCAGAUGAAGAGCGAGAUAAACUGCAGAGGGAGAUGGAGAAGGAGCGAGAGAAUGUACAGAGGGAAAGAGAGCAAGAAAAGAGCCAUUUGGAGAAGGAGAGAAACCGGAUGCGACGAGAGCGAGACGAGGAGAAGGAGGUGCUGCGAAAGGAGACAGAGGGAAUCAGAGAGCAUGCAAACAGGGAAAAGGAUGAAGAGGUGGAGCGUCUCCGCAAAGAGCUGGAGGUCGAGAGGGUCCGUGUCCGUGCCCAGUUAGACAAGCGCUUCGAGCAGGUGGAAGCCCAGAGAGCGGGCCUGCAGCAGAAGCUGGAGGAGGAGAAGAAAAGGCUGGUGGAGAAGGCCGAGGAGGACAGGAGGCGGCUGAAGGAGCAGGUGCGGAAGGCAAUUGAGGAGGUGAUGAGGAGACAUGCAGCUGAAUUACACUGCGUCCAAGAAGCUCUGAGCUCAGAGAAGAAGACCAACCAAGAGGUAUGUGCUCAUCUAGAAGAGGAGAGGCGAAGAAAUGGCGAACUUCUUGAUAAAUUCGAUAGGGAAAGACAAGAACUAGAGCUAAAACUCAAAGAUGCUGACAAUGAGAUCUUUCGUCUGAAGACGUCCGUACAUCAUGAAGAAGAGAAAGAAAAAGCAGCAUCAGAAACAUCACCCCCAUGCGGACCACACUGCUCCCGCCUGCAAGAGGAACUGCAGCUGACCCAAAGCCGUCUGACUCGGAUGCAGGACGAGGCGGAAAAGCAGCGGGAAAGACAACAGCGAGACAUCGCUUCCCUCAAGGCAGACAAACACCGGUUAGAGGAGAAGGUUCUGGAACAGAGUCGGCUGAACGCGGAAAGGAACCUUUUGGAUCAGAGCCAACGCAACACUGAGGAACGCAUCAGAGCUGAGUGUGAAGAUCGCCUCAGGGCAGAAUUCCGGAUCGAGAUGAACGCUGCAGUCGCCGAGAGCGAGCAAAGGUGGCAGAACCAGGAGCAGGAGUUUCAUACCCAGAUUUCGGAGCUUCAGAGUCAGCUAGAUGAGCUGCAGGCCGAGACAAAGAAGGGGGCAUCAGAAGAUGAAUCCCACGGCAACCUUGAGAUUAACAAACUGAGAAAGGAGGUGCAGGAGACCAAGGAGAUUAACAUGAAGCUGAGGGAGCUGCUGGAGGAACCACAAAGCCAGAGUUUAGCCGAGGAAAGACAUGGCCACGCUGUGCAGCUGCAAGCCUUGGAAAGACAAGCCAAAGAAGAUGUGCUGUCAGAGAGGAAUCGUCUACAGACCAUGCAUCACCUGGAGUUAGACAAGCAGCGUGCAGAGUUGACCCAGCAGCACACAGAGUGGAGUAGACAGAUGACCCAGAGACACAUGCAGCAGAUUGAAGACCUUCAGGCCCAAUUGCAAGCGCACACACAGAUGAUGGCACUGCAGCAGGACCUGAAGCAGCAGAACCAGAACCAGGUGUUUGAGCGGCAGCUGGAUGAGAGUCGCUGUGCCAUGCUGGAGUUGCAGAGAGAAAAUGCCACACUUAAGAAGCAAUUACAGGAAAAGGGUAUUUCCAGCCAUCUCUCUCCUCACAGGUCCAUCCAGGUGAACCCCAAAACAGAAGCGAGAGAUGGCGACGAGAGCGCAAAUUUGCAAAAGAGUAGAGAUGCGCAUCUGGAGGAUGAAGCACAACGUUUAAAGGAGGAAGUGGAGAAACUGAGAGUAGAGAUGGAAAAGCUGGAAGAGUCACAGAAAAUUUGGGAGGAGAGGAAGGAAGAUGACGACAAGGAAGAAGGGCAGCAGCAGGAAAAGAAGCCAGAGAAGGGAGAAGUGGAGGAGAGUAGGAAAAAAGAAUUGGAGGAAAUCAGGAAGGAACACAAGAAGGAGAUUCAGAAUUUGGUGUCUGACUACAGCAGUGCUCAGAUGCAGUUGCAGGCUCGCAUUGUAGCCCUUGAGAACGAGUUGCGUGAACGGGAGGAGCGAUGCAGGAGAAGAGAACCACGAUGUGACGACCUCCAGCUGGGCAAACUUCAGGAAAGACUAACAGAACGAGACCAGCUCAUUAAACGGCUAGUGGAAGAACGGCAUCAGCUGCAGCUACACCCCCCUGUUGUCAGGGACAACAGCGGCCUCCGGCUCCGCGAAAACAAACCCCGCCCCGGGAGCACCACGCCAACCAUGAGGAAGAAGCAUUUGGAAUCGUCUCCUCGUGGAAGCACCAUCUCCUGCUCCGGUGCUUACGACCGCCUCCCUGCCUUCUCAUCCUCGUCUUCCUCGUCCUUUUCUUCUACUUUGCCUCACCAGUCCACCUCUCACCCUCACACGUCUCCCCACUACUCCACUUCGUCUCUUCCGCACAAGCACACCUCCCUGUCCCUCAGCCAAAAUUCCCCCCCACCCCUGCCUCGUUCCCCCAGAUCCCGGACCUCCUGCAUCCCCCCUACGCCGGCGCCCACCGCCCCGUUGCCUGUCUGUCCCUCGGCGCAGACAGGCAUCCGCUACGUGUCGCCGUCAUGCCAGGAGCCAUACGCGUACCUACAGGCGCAAUCAAUCAGGGGGUCUUAUAUGGAGCACAGAGGCACUGAGGGCCAAAAUCAAGAAUGGUUCACCAAAUACUUCUCCUUCUGAGCACAAAAACAAGCCACCCGACAGUUCAUUGCUUCUGCUCCACGUGCGUGCGAGCACUCUCCUUUCAUCUACUCAAACACUGGACUGGGAGCUCCACCGAUUUUUCACAUGGUCAAAGGACAAGUAUAAUGGACUGAAGCGUACUAUAAUGUGAAUGUGAUGGAGCGACACUGCUAUCACAGAUAGAGCUCCAUGCAAAGACUCCAGUCACAGUGUUGGUAAUGUAGUACUGUGAAAUAAGGUUGCAUGGAUUUUAACAAAAAUAUGUUUAUCUGGUUCUGUUGCAUCAAUACGAAACCUUUUCGCUGAGUGGUCUUAAAUCGGUGGAGUGCUCUUUCAAAAGACUCAUGGGCUCAUCACCAGCAAGGCCAUCUCCAACAUUGCCUCAAAGCUCAACCAAAAAGUGCUUCUCAAAACACAUGCCUGACCUCUUCCCGGCCUCCAGGAUCUUGUUUGUGUAGUCUGAAAUGUCUCCAUACGAGUUUAUUUUAUUUUAUUUUUUUUAAAGCAGUCUUCCUUUUUUCAAUACUGCAGUUGCUUCACUACGAUGACAUUCUUAUUGAAGUCCAAUCUUUCGAUGUCGCUAACCAAGUGUCUCUUUUAAAUAUGCAGGCAUUUGAUGUAUUCAAUCAAGAUCCUCAUUAAUAUGGACAAAACACUUUUCACUUCCCAUACCAAAAUGAAGCUUGUUUUGAUGCAAAAAUGUACAAAAGUCUUAAUGAACAAAAUUGAAUAAAAUAUUUUGUUUUUUGUACUCAAUUCUUCCAUUGGUGCGUGGUGCUGUUUCGAAGUUCACAUGUGAACUAGGUCAGAGGGCUAAAAUUUUAAACUUCCAUCUAUCAAUCCUUUUACUAUGGUGGGGAUGUUACUGGAAGAUGGGGCAUGUUUGGAGUGCUUCAGUCGCAGAAGUGCACUGCAAGAUGUUGUCGUGAAACCCUGCAAGCUCCUUCUGUGUAUCCUUGUUGCCCUUGACUGCUGUUCGACGGUACCUCAUGGAGAGCAGCUUAGAGCUUAGGUAGUGAAGCCACAGCACGUUGGAAUGAGGGUGGUAGUUGUUCCAGUUGUUACUGCAACGGAUAAAAAUAGUAGCAUUGGUUCUAUGAAUAAUAGCCUUGCCAACCCAGGGAUGUCAUUCAGACAUUUUACACUGAACAAUAGUAUACUACCUUCAGCCAGCAGCACGGCAGAUUGGUCACUUUUAUUUAGUACUGCAACGACUAAUUGAUUAACUUGAGUAAUUCGAUUAGGAAAAAAAAACUUCGAAUCAAAUUUUGCUGCUUCGAAGAUUGUUUUAAUUAGAGUGGCUUUGUAAAAGUUUGUUCUGAAAGUGUUUGCAUUUAGUUUUAUUGAUUUGGGUGGAUACGCUGCCUUCAGGUGACAACAAGGAAUAUGACAUUCCAUUUAACAUGGCUGAAUCCAGCUGCUCCCUGUUAAAACCAACAUAAAUUUUUCUUAUGCAUUUGUAAUUUAGUUUAUAGGUUUAUUUAGCCGUGUUAAAUGGGGAAAUGUGUUUAACGAUUUGUUAAGAGCAUUGUAUUUAUAAAAAAAUAAAGUUUUAGGGUUAGCAUUUUAUAGCAUUUAAGACAGCGGACUUUUGCUAUGCAAGUUAGCCAAUUAUUGGAAUUA